GCCCGCCCGCAGCGCAGCGCCACAAAAUGUCCGCGGCGGCGCCGAGCGCGCGGCCGUCGCCCCCAUUCCGGCUGCGGGACGGAGCCGAGCGCACGUGCCGGGCCGGGACGGGCAGAAAGCGCUCGAACGCCUCGCGGAAGUCGCCGGGCCCCGCGCUCCCUUCCCCUCCCCCGCCCGCCGGAGCCCCUCGGGCCGGGCGGUGCCCCCGCGCCCGGCGCCACGCAGGCCGCAGCCCCCGCCCCGGGAGAGCCGCCCGGCCCCCCCCCCCCGCUGCUCCUCCCGGCACCCCCAGCGCGGCGGCGGUGCGGGGAGGCGGGGCGAGGGCAGCGCGCAUGCGCGCGGGCCUCGCCCCUUUCGUUCCCUCCCCCGCCUCCUUCUCUGCGCAGGCGCAGUGCGGCGGCGGCUCGGCGAGGGAAGGGCGAGCCGCGCUCCGGAGCGGGGGGGACCGGCGCGGCUCCUCCGCUCCGCCGCCGCCAUGGCGGGCGCGGCCCCCGGCCCGGAUGAAGGCGCGGAGGGCGAACGGCCGUCCAUCUCGGCGACGGCGCUGGCGCGGAUGGAGCGGAACCGGCGGCGGGCGCUGGCGCUGCGGCAGGCGCGGCUGGCGGCCCGACCCUACCCCGCCGCAGGCGGCGCGCGGGCGCGGGGCCCCCCCAAGGUCGUGGACACGGGAGGGGGCUUCUUCCUGGAGGAGGAGGAGGAGGAGGAGGAGGAGCAGCCCGGCGCCGCCGAGAGGAUCGUGCAUCCCCCCGCGCCCGUGCUACAAUUUGACUAUCUCAUCUGUGGAGACUGUGGCAAAGAAUUCAUGGACUCGUACCUAAUGCAGCACUUUGAUUGGGCCACGUGCGAUAAUUGCAGAGAUGCUGAAGACAAACAUAAGCUCAUCACAAGGACGGAAGCAAAAGAAGAGUAUCUCCUUAAAGACUGUGAUUUAGACAAGAGGGAACCGGUGCUUAGAUUCAUUGUGAAGAAAAACCCUCAUAAUCCUCGGUGGGGUGACAUGAAGCUUUACUUAAAACUGCAGGUAAUCAAGCGUGCCCUGGAAGUCUGGGGGAAUGAGGAAUCCUUGCAAGAGGCAAAGGAACAGCGCCGUGACAGCAGAGAGAAGAUGAAACAGAAGAGGUUUGAUAAGAAAGUUAAAGAGCUUCGCCGUGCAGUGAGGAGCAGUUUGUGGAAGAAGACAGCUAGUAUCCAUGAACAUGAAUACGGACCAGAAGAAAAUGUUGAUGAAGAGACAUACAAGAAGACGUGUACUGUAUGUGGCCACGAAUUAACUUAUGAAAAGAUGUAACGUUAAUCUGUUUGUUAACAUUCGUUAUCGUCGUUUUUAAUCAUAGUCUUUAUUAAAGAAAUGGCAAUUGGGAACAAGCUGUUAACAAGAUCCAUGAAUAAUGCAGUCAGUUCUGUACCGAAGGAGGUAAGACUUCUCAGCUAGAUGCUGGGGUAGAGCGUGCACGUUUUUAACAGGCUGGAAAUGGCUGCCUUGUGGGAUGAGGAGUUGGCACUGUUACACUCAUUCUACACGCUGAUGACAUUUAGGCAAGGUAAACUUCCCUCUACUCUUGCUUCUGUCAGAGCUGAAGGAAGUCUCCCUAGUUGCUCCAGCUGUUAGCUGCGGUUGGUUUGCUCCUCCUGUAUGUCUCAGGCAGCCACUGCCUAGGCACUGCCCAAGUGGUGAGAGAGUGUGCCACGAGGCUGGUUCUCCCAGCUGGUGGAGAUGGAGACCUCCAACUUGAUGGAGGGAGGUUUCCUGUUUCAGGAGGUUUCCUGUUUCAGGAGGAUCCUCGAAGGAAAGCACUGUGCUGUAACAUUCAGACAGGUUGCUGCCAUGUUCUGUACUGUGAAGGCUUUAAGUAUCCUUUACUGAUUUUGUUCAAGUUUUGGGCCAAACAUGAUGACUCUCAAAAUAAAAGCAUACCUUCAUUUA